AUGGUGUUUCUAAGGGCAGGUGGAAUUUUUACGGAAAAGCUCCUGGCCAGGGCUGAUGAAGUGACAGAGCUGGCGUUCUUCCCAGAGAGGAACUCCAAGGAAAGCAAAAGGUCCUACACAUUCUCCCCGUUCCUAGCUGGGGACCUAGGCAAACAAGGCUUAAUAAAUGAGAAACAGCUGUCCAGGGAGCCUGAGCGACCCUCUCCAUAUGUAAAGAAACUGAAACCCACGGGUAGUAGGAACCCUCUGGCGAUGCCUGGGGAGGUUGGUGAGCAGGGAAGGCAGACACGUGAAUCCACCGCGCUGCCCUACCCCAACCUCAGCUCAGAGGUGGGGCGCAGGGGUUCAGGGACCACGCUGCGCUUUCUCAGAGGGUUUGGACGGAAGCAGGCUCCGGUGAAGGCUGGGGCAGGUACCGGGGUGCAGGGUCUGCCAGGACAGGGGUGGGUUCCAGAGGCGUGUAGACUCAAGCUCCACCUGCGGCCGCCUCGGGGAUCCCCCUUUGCACCAAGUAAAGAGGCGGCCGCCACCAGCAAAGAGCGCGAGGAGACGCAGGGACUCCGCCCCCGCCCGGAAAACCUCCCGGGCCCUGAGUCGUGCCCAGAGCUCCCCACCCCACCCUCUGCCUCUGCUGUCACUCACGGCCGCCGCUGGCUCGCUCGCCUCAGGCACCUGCUCGCAGGGCGCUGGGCGGGCGCUCACUUUUUGCUCCCAUACCGCAGACUCCCAGCAUCGCCGCCGUCACCCAGCCUCGUCCCCGGCCCGGCACAGAGUUCCGCCCUUUUCAGGGCCACCCGCCCGCCAUGGUCCGGGCCUGGGCCAAAGAGCAGUGCAGCUCAGUACCCAAACUGGGGUCUGCGCGCCGCGGCUGAGCGCCCACUCGCCUUGCGGAGGGAGCCGCGGAGAAACCCACGGGGGUGGCGGCGGGAGAACUCCGCGAGAGCCGAAGGAGGUGGCAGUCGGGUGCGGAACCAGGAGGAGACCAGGAGGGAGAAGCUCGUGGCUCCGAGGCGCGCACUCCCUUUGCUAGGGAUGGGUCCCGCUGCGGCCCGGCCCCUGCCCGGCCCGCCGGGCAGAGACUGACACGCGAACCCCCAUCGUCCGGGGGUCACUGGACAGAAGGAGGCACUGACGGAUCGCCAGUAGC